GGCUGUAACUUUCUCAGACUUUUUUUUUGUGUACUCAUCUCUUUCCCCCCCCCCCCUUAAAAAUGUUGAGAGAAACACCAAUGUAAUCAGUGCCCAGAGAGAACACGAGAGAGAGAGAGAGAGUGUGUGUGUGUGUGUGUGUGUGUGAGUGAGAGAGAGAAGGGGGGGUUUAAGGCUUAAGUUUGCCUACAGCAGCUCAUGGCUCUAUCGGAACUGGCUUAACUAAUACAUGCACUCACACGAACUUGAGAAACUUGUCCCUCCAGCCGAGCUGUCUUAGUGGGGGGGACAAAUUCACGUUUGGAAAUUUUCAUGUCAUUUGGAGAUGGGGCGGUGGAAGAUGAGAAGGUCUCUGCUGGAAACCAACGUGAUUGCAUUUGUCCUAGUUCUGCACCACUUUAUAAUUGUCAAAGCAGAGAAUCCAGUUGAUAUCCUACAGAUACUGAACCUCCAAGACACCAUGGAAGGAGUCGUGACUGUUGCAGGAUUUUGCACACAUCGGAAAGGCUCUGAAGACACAGAUCUUGCACUCCGUAUAGAAAAUAAGACUCAUUUUAGUGCCUUAACGACACAAUUAUUCCCCGAUGGAAAUUUUCCAGAGAAUUUCUCCAUCCUAACCACACUGAAGGCCAAGAAAAUGUCUCAGUUUUUCCUGCUGUCCAUCUACAAUGACCAAGGGAUACAACAACUUGGGGUGGAGAUUGGCCGAUCUCCUGUUUUCCUCUACGAGGAUCAAAUGGGCAAACCAACCCCUGAGGAUUAUCCCAUCUUCAAAAAAAUUAACCUAUCUGACGGCAAGUGGCACCGGGUGGCGCUCAGUGUUGAAGGGAAGAAUGUUACGAUGAUUGUCGACUGCAACAAGCAGAUGUCUGAGCACUUGGCUCGGAGUGACAGCCCAGUGGUCAGCACAAAUGGAGUCACCGUCUUUGGCACUAGGAUAUUGGAUGAGGAAGUGUUUGAGGGUGAUAUCCAGCAGCUGCUGAUGUCGCCGGACCCGAAAGCAGCCUACAGCUACUGCGAGAACUACAUCCCCGACUGCGACAGCCUUCUACCCUACCCCAUGAAGUUUCCGGAACCUGUUUAUGAGGAAGAGACAACAACCGCUCGCCCCCGCCACAAUAAAAGGAGGAAGGGUCGCAAACGGUCUAAAAAGAAGGGCGAGGGCAGAUCAAAGAAAUCGAAAAAAAAUCGCAGAAAGAAGAAGAAAGAUCGGGCUGCCCGGCAAAAGAUAGAAACAUUUGGGGUUGGGGAACAGGAUAAGGAGCUGACUCCACCAGAAGAAGUAGAGAAUGCUUAUGAUUAUUUCCUUGGUGCAGACUAUUACACAGACCUGGAGUCCGCCAUCUACAAUGCCUCGGUGAAUGCUGAAGUUGUAGCAGACAAUGUAACCAAUCAUGAGACCAUGCAAGAGGAGCUCAUUGAAGAAUCAGAAGGUCCCUUCACAAAUGAGUAUGAAAUCCGAGAGUAUGAUGCAAAUUUCUACGAUUACUUCGAUCGAGAUAAUGAGGACCAAUGGAAUCAGAGAUUUGGGCCAGCUGAGCGAGUUGAGUCUGAGACACAGGAUACGAGGAUGGAGAACCUGAAGGGUGACAAAGGAGAGAAAGGAGAGCCCGCGAUCUUCGAGCCUGGAAUGCUGCUGCCUGGACCUGCAGGACCUCAAGGACCUCAGGGCCCUCCGGGAUCUCCAGGUUCGAUGGGCCUGCGUGGACAGGCUGGCGACCCAGGUCCAACGGGUCCCCCUGGACGUUCUGGUCUCCCAGGUGUUGAUGGUUUACAAGGCCCUCCUGGGACCAUGCUGAUGCUACCGUUCCAGUUUGGUGGAGAUGGUGCUAAGGGGCCUGUUGUCUCAGCCCAAGAAUAUCAAGCCCAGUCUAUCCUCCAACAAGCAAGGCUUGCUAUGAAGGGCCCAUCUGGUUCAGUAGGCCUCACAGGAAGACCAGGCCCUAUGGGUCUCCCUGGUAACGAAGGUCAGAAAGGAGAUGCUGGUGAAAUGGGCCCACAGGGUCCUCCAGGUAUCCAUGGAUCAAUGGGGCCGACAGGAAAGCCGGGAAGAAGGGGUCGCCCUGGAGUAAAUGGAAUCAGAGGGUUACCAGGGGAACCAGGAGUAAAGGGAAAUCGGGGGUUCGAUGGUUUACCUGGCUUGCCUGGGAAUAAAGGAGACAGGGGUAAUUACGGUCCAAAAGGACCACUUGGCCCUUCAGGAGAGAGUGGCGUCAGGGGAGGUGAUGGAGCUGUAGGACCUAGAGGGUUGCCUGGUGAACCAGGUCCGCGUGGGUUGCCAGGCCCAAGAGGACAUAUUGGACCCCCUGGACUGCAGGGAAUCGGAGGUACUGAUGGUCACCACGGUCACAAGGGAAACUUGGGCCUUCAAGGUGAACCUGGACCUCCGGGCCAGCAAGGUAACCCAGGAGCUCAGGGUUUUCCUGGACCUCAAGGCCCAAUUGGACUUCCCGGUGAAAAAGGACCUCCAGGCAAGCAGGGUCUACCGGGGCUAAUAGGAGCAGAUGGUCCUCUGGGUCAUCCUGGUCGAGAAGGGUCAACAGGCGAUAAGGGUAACGCGGGUCCUCCUGGUGCACAGGGUCCAGUAGGAUACCCUGGAGUUCGAGGUGUCAAGGGUGCUGAUGGAAUCCGAGGAUUGAAGGGGCACAAGGGAGAGAAGGGGGAAGAUGGAUUCCCUGGUUAUAAAGGUGACAUGGGACCCAAAGGGGACAGGGGUGAAGCUGGGUUAUUGGGCCUGCGAGGUGAAGAUGGCUCAGAAGGAUUCAAGGGUCAGUUGGGUCCGAUUGGAGAGCCCGGUCCCAAUGGUCAACCCGGCGAAAAGGGAAAUCUAGGUGUUCCUGGCCUGCCUGGGUACCCAGGAAGAAAGGGUCCAAAGGGUUCAACGAGUUUCGCAGGACCUCCAGGGCUGAACGGAGAAAAGGGCAGAAGGGGCAGAGCAGGGCCCCCUGGAGUCCGUGGACAGCGAGGACCCACGGGGGAGCGGGGUGAGAGAGGGCACAGAGGAGCCCCAGGCAAACCAGGCCCAAAGGGAAAUGCUGGCAGUGAUGGUCCACAGGGCAUUCCAGGAGAAAAGGGACCUCAAGGACCUCAGGGGCCGAGUGGGUUUCCUGGACCCAAAGGGCCUCCGGGACCUGCCGGAAAGGAUGGGAUUCCAGGACACCCAGGUCAACGCGGUGAGCCUGGUUUCCAAGGCAAAACCGGUCCCCCAGGACCCCCCGGAGUUGUUGGUCCCCAGGGUCCCGCGGGUGACAGUGGGCCAGUGGGAGAACGUGGACAUCCAGGUUCUCCAGGUCCUCCCGGUGAACAUGGAAUCCCAGGCACCGCUGGAAAGGAAGGGGCUAAGGGAGACCCCGGUCCCUUUGGCUCUCCUGGUAAAUCAGGUCCGGCUGGAUUACGGGGAUUUGCAGGGACUCGAGGACUACCAGGUUCCACGGGUACCCCAGGAUUGAAAGGGGCAGAAGGACCGAUGGGCCCACAAGGUCCGACGGGGUCUACAGGAGAACGCGGGCCGAAUGGCCUGGCUGGUGCCAUUGGCCUGCCUGGUCGACCCGGGAACCCAGGCCCCCCGGGCCCUAUUGGAGAGAAAGGAGCCCCCGGUGACAAAGGCCUUCUGGGUCCUGCAGGUGAUGAUGGGGUCCAGGGUCCAAUGGGUUUACCAGGUGCCAUUGGUUCUCGAGGUCCUCCAGGAGAUGAUGGGGACAAGGGGGAGCUGGGUAAACCAGGACAAAAAGGCAGCAAAGGAGACAAAGGAGAGUCCGGUCCCCCAGGGCCUAUAGGAAUACAAGGCCCAAUUGGACACCCUGGUCCCAUUGGUUCUGAUGGUGAUCCGGGACCGAGAGGCUAUCAGGGAAUGCGUGGACAGAAAGGCGACGAUGGAGUUCGUGGACUCCCAGGUUCCUCUGGCCCUGUUGGACUUCAGGGACUGCCUGGUCCUCCUGGCGAUAAGGGCGAAAGUGGAGAUGUUGGGCCUAUGGGUCCGCCUGGUUCUCCAGGUGCACGAGGUCCUCCAGGCGCUAAUGGUGCCACUGGCCCUCCGGGCCUCACAGGAGGCGUUGGCUCCCCAGGAUCAGUGGGUGAAAAGGGAGAGAGGGGAGACGCUGGGGACCCAGGCUCGCCUGGAGAGCCAGGUAUCGCUGGCCCGAAAGGCGAACUUGGUGAGAAAGGGGAUUCGGGUGCCCCGGGUGCAGCGGGACCAGCAGGGGUCAAAGGUCCUCCAGGUGAAGAUGGAGCCAAAGGCAAUGUGGGUCCAGCCGGCUUUCCAGGUGAUCCCGGUCCUUCAGGUGAACCCGGUACUCCGGGUACCGAUGGCGGAGUUGGUGAGAAAGGCAGCCUUGGGGACUCCGGCCGACCGGGCCCAGGCGGUGCGUCUGGUGAACCAGGUCCCCCUGGAUCUCCUGGAAAGAGAGGGCCACAUGGACCUCCAGGACCAGAGGGUCGAGAGGGACUCAAGGGUUCGAAGGGCUCACCUGGGCGAGACGGCCCACCAGGCAGGACUGGGCCUGUGGGCGUACAAGGGUCACCAGGCAACCCCGGACCUGAAGGCCUCAGAGGGAUACCUGGUCCUGCAGGAGAACAAGGGCUUACCGGACCACCUGGCCAGUCUGGCCCUCCAGGCCCAAUGGGCCCUCCUGGUAUGCCUGGUCUUAAGGGUGUUCAAGGGUUAAAAGGUGACAAGGGGCAUGUUGGUUUGAUCGGCUUGAUUGGACCUCCUGGCGAAAUUGGCGAGAAGGGAGAUCGAGGUCUUCCGGGAAUCCAAGGAACACAGGGUCCCAAGGGGGAUAUUGGUGUUCCGGGUUUGGGUGGUCCCUUAGGCCCGCCUGGAUCUCCUGGUUUACCAGGUCAACAGGGUCCGAAAGGUUCCAAGGGUUCUGACGGACCAAUUGGCUUCAAAGGCGAUGAGGGGCCUCCUGGUCCUCCAGGUCCACCUGGCCCACCAGUUGAGGUUAUACAGCCACUACCAAUGUACAGGAUGAAGACGAGGAGGUACGCUGAGGCUGAACAGUCCGACGAUGCCGGCGGGAAUCCCUUUGACUACGCUGAAGGAAUGGAGGAGAUCUUCGGGGCCCUGACUUCACUGAAAGAUGAGGUGGAGCAGAUGAGACGUCCAGUGGGGACACAGGACAACCCGGGGCGUACCUGCAAGGAACUUCAGCUCUGUCACCCACACUUCAAAGAUGGUAAUUAUUGGAUCGACCCCAAUCAAGGUUGUGCCAAGGAUUCUUUCAAGGUUUUCUGUAACUUCACUGCUGGCGGAGAAACCUGUAUCUUCCCUGACAAGAAAACUGAAGGAGUUAAAGUUUCUUCCUGGCAAAGGGACAAACCUGGAACCUGGUACAGCAAAUUCAAACGAGGCAAGCAGCUUAUGUACACUGACUCCGAUGGCAAUCCUGUCCAUGUGGUUCAGAUGACCUUCCUGCGCCUUCUGAGUGCCGCAGCCCGGCAGAGAUUCGUUUACAACUGUCAGCAGUCCAUCGCCUGGUAUGACUCUUCCACAAGAAGCUACAAGAAGGCCGUGCGCUUCUUAGGAGCCAACGAUGAGGAGCUGUCGUACACCAAGACACCGUACAUCAGUGCCAUCUAUGAUGGCUGCAAACUAAGGAAGGGUUCCGAUAGGACAGUGCUGGAGAUUGACUCGCCGCGGGUUAUUGACCUGCCCAUCAAAGACAUAGCCGUGACUGAUUUUGGUGAACACCAGCAGAAGUUUGGCUUUGAGGUUGGCCCUGUCUGUUUCAGCAGCUAAACCUCAGAAAAAACAGAACUGCUUGUCCAACUAUCCUCUCUCUUUUUUUUAAUGCAAAAUGCACAUUUUUUUUUGUAUUUCAUUUUGUCUCUAUUAAUCAUGCUGCAGAUGGGUUUUUUUUUUUAUUGUGUGUUAAUGACAAUAAAUAAUUCCUGCCCUUGUGGGGCCAAAAUCUUA